AUGCAAGACCUGCAAGCAGUCGCCGUAGAGGCAGAGCGAUGGGUCAAAGAACUAGGCUUCGUCAGCGUUCUUAUCAACGGAUACACGCAAAGCGGCGAUGCCGAAACUGUACAACAUCUCGACGAGCCCUAUCUCUCAGGCUUGUUCGACACACACCCUAAGCUGAAGGUUCUUCUUGGUCACUGCGGAGAAGGGCUCACUUUAUCGCUCGCGGGUAUAGAUCAUCGGAUGCGUCACUUCAAGCCAGAAAACUUCAAGUGCAAGCUGAGAAUGCAGCGAUUCUGGGAGAAGGAGUUUUGGAUCACGACUGCCGAUGUUGCCAGUGGAAAACUUUUCUUCGACACCCUCCGCAGCUGUGGAAAGGACCGGUUUAUGUGGGAUGUCGACUAUCCGUAUGAGGACUAUGGCGAGGUAAGCACUUGGUAUGAGAGAUUGGAGUUGAGUGAGAACUCUCGGACCAGCAAGAUUGAAUAG